AUGAACAAGAAGACCAAGCCUAACAAGAGGAUAACCAGGAAGAUGAACAAGCAGACCAAGUCUAACAAGAGGAUAACAAGGAAGAUGAACAAGAAGACCAAGCCUAACAAGAGGAUAAUAAGGAAGAUGAACAAGAAGACCAAGCCUAACAAGAGGAUAACAAGGAAGAUGAACAAGAAGACCAAGCCUAACAAGAGGAUAACAAGGAAGAUGAACAAGAAGACCAAGCCUAACAAGAGGAUAACCAGGAAGAUGAACAAGAAGACCAAGCCUAACAAGAGGAUAACAAGGAAGAUGAACAAGAAGACCAAGCCUAACAAGAGGAUAAUAAGGAAGAUGAACAAGAAGACCAAGUCUAACAAGAGGAUAACAAGGAAGAUGAACAAGAAGACCAAGCCUAACAAGAGGAUAACAAGGAAGAUGAACAAGAAGACCAAGUCUAAAAAAACUCAGGAGCUGGAUAAAAUGGCCUGCCACCGAACUUAUACUUUUAUUAAAAAUGUUAUUGGAAAUAAUUACUGCUUGAACCUCUAUUCAAUUUGA